AUGAAUAAUUACUUUGCUCACUUAGGACUCUUAGGUGAGCAUGCCCCGCCGGGCUCGGCUUUCAGCCUCACCUCCACUGCCGCUGGCUUCCUGUCGGGCCUCUCGGCCGGCGCUAGUACCCUUGCAUCGGAUCGCCAUUCAGCUCAAUUUGACAGUCGGCUCUCAGCCGGAUUCGGACCGCUGCCUAAAUCGCACCAUCCCCCUUUCUAUUUCCCGCCCCUCUUUUUGGCCCUGUCUCCUUGCCACCGUCAGAUUUUGGUACACCAACUGCGCAACCUUCGACGUGUGGCCGGCAACAAGCGGCUCUUCUGUACGGUCGAGUCCGAGGGGACUGGGGAGCGUCAGAAGACCGGCUCUGUAGAGGCCUCCAAGCCAAUGUAA